UUUACUUCAUGGCAAAUCAUCACUCAUGACGUAUACCAACCAUCGUAUACGAAUCAUUGUCGUGAGUCAAGAGCCAUGACAAUAUUGUAUACUCCGCUACAAAUUUUUUAGAGUACCUGAAAAGCAUUUCGUUUGAACGCCACGAGAUGAAAUGUCGGAGAUCCGCGUAGCUUUGAGUGCUGCUGAUACAUCUAACGAUCGAUAAUAUCCAAUUAAAUUUUUUAUUAAUAAAUGUCAGACAGGAUGGCUAAUAGAGAAACAUCUAUUAAUUCGAAAAACUCGGAUGAUCACAGUGUCGAGACACUGGCAGAAGUUUUUCGAUGUUUCAUUUGUAUGGAAAAGCUUAGAGAUGCCCAUCUUUGUCCUCACUGCAGUAAAUUGUGUUGCUACACCUGCAUUAGGCGAUGGCUUACAGAGCAGCGGUCUCAAUGUCCACACUGCCGAGCUUCUUUACAUUUACACGAAUUGGUAAAUUGUAGAUGGGUAGAAGAAGUGACACAACAACUUGAUACACUUCAAGCUGUGAGCAUAUCAAACUCUAGGCAUGAUGACUCCAAUAGAGACAGGUGUACUAUGCAUCACGAGAAGCUAUCCGUCUAUUGUUGGACCUGCCGUAGAUGUAUAUGUCAUCAGUGUGCUUUAUGGGGUGGCACCCAUUCAGGGCAUACUUUCAAACCAUUAGAAGAGGUCUAUGAACAGCAUGUCACACAAAUAAAAGCAGAAGUAGGACAGUUGAAACGAAGGUUAAUGGAAUUGAUAAGUCUUGUUCAAGAAGUGGAACGUAAUGUCGAAUCUGUAAGAGCCGCAAAGGAUGAGAGAGUUAGAGAGAUCAGAAAUGCGGUUGAAUUGAUGAUAGCGCGUUUGGAUUCUCAAUUGAAAGCUAAACUGUUAACGUUAAUGGGUCAAAAGAAUUCUUUAACAUUAGAAACGGAACAAUUGGAAGCUUUACUGCAAGAAGUGGAACAGCAGUUGCAUACUUGUACUCGUUCCGAGCUUAUUAUCAAAAGUGCAGACCUCUCGCGAAUGAUACAUCAAGUGAGAAAGAAACCAAUGACGAGUUUCGUGACUGCGCCUGUUCCUGCGGACUUUCAUAGCGAAAUUGUACCUGGUUACGAUAGCGCAACAUUUGCAAUGCAAAAUUUUACUCAACUACAAUUGAAAGCAGAUCCAGUUUAUUCCGCGCCUUUACACGUUAACGGAUUAUGCUGGAGAUUAAAAGUAUACCCCGAUGGAAAUGGCGUUGUACGUGGAAAUUAUUUGUCCGUUUUUCUAGAGUUAAGCGCUGGUCUACCGGAGACAUCUAAAUACGAAUAUCGAGUUGAAAUGAUACACCAAGGAUCUCGUGAUACAAGUAAGAACAUCGUUAGAGAAUUCGCAUCUGACUUCGAAAUCGGCGAAUGUUGGGGUUACAAUAGAUUCUUCAGAUUAGAUUUACUUGCAACCGAAGGAUAUUUGAAUACAGAAUUGGACACUCUCAUAUUGCGGUUUCAGGUACGGCCACCGACGUUUUAUCAGCGUUGCAGAGAUCAACAAUGGUACAUUAGUCAAUUAGUUACUGUCCAAAAUCAAUAUGCCACGCAAAUUAAUGAACUGAAAGAGCGUUUGGCGAUAGAAAUGUCUCGGAGUGCUAUGGCAGCAACCAGAGUACCUAGUGGAGCUACGUUAUGCGGACCAACGUCGAAUGUAACGCCUUUGGUAAUGCAGCAACAGUCGCAAGCUGCUGGAGAUCCAUUACAUAGCUCCAAUUCUACUCGUUCGAUAGAAACGUAUCCAAACGGCACAUCGACAAGCAGAUCAGUACAAAAUGUCCUUCCUGGUGGAAAUAACAAUAGCGGAAUGUCAGGAGACCAAUUAAUGCCUAUGUGCGAAUUGGUAGAGCUUUCAGAUAUCCGUCCACUUGGAUCCUCGUCGACGUUAUCCUCCAUCUCGUCGAAAACGAGUUUAAAGCAACAUAGAGUGAAACCUGAAUCGCCCAAUCUGCAUGGUACGAACGAUGGUUCUUCUGGAGAUUGUCAAACUACUGGAGCUCAUUCUCCAUCUCCAUCGUAUUCUUCACCAACGGUGCUCAAUCAGCAACCAUUGCCUCUUUUGUUAAGUAGCAGCAGUAGCGAUAGCGGAGAAUUAAGCGAACACGAUAUAUAUUUGGACGACUGUGAUCAUAACGAGCCACACUUAACGCUUCUAGAUGACAAUUCUAACGACGAAAAUGACGUGGACGAUGAAACCAUGUCAGGAGAAAACGAUGUAGAGGUUGCAGAAUCGUUAACACCAUGGAUUCAAAACAAACAACGUACAAAGCAACAAAACAAUCGAGACAGUACAGGAGAUGCUUGCAGAUUGCGCGGCAACGAUAGCCUGGAGGAUGAAAUUAUGUUAUUGCAUUUAUUUGAAAUGCAAGAUCGAAACUCCGCGUGGACGUCAUUAUGUUUCAAUCAACACGUGGAUGAUACCAGCGAUUCAAGAACCUCUUUAACGAAUCUACAACAUCAUAAUUCUAGCCCGUUGCAUUGCAACGCCACACUGCCAACUCACGGAUCGUCUUCAUUCUCGCAUAAACACCACGAACUCGACACUGCGUGUACCGAGCAAUUUUCUGAUAAACGUUCCACGUGUCCCUCGCACCUUUGUCAGCCGCAGAUUCUGUGCGGCGGUCGACCCAAGCUGGGCCAACUAUCUAACAUCUGUCAGCAAGAUGUUUCCGGAUUAAUAGCUUGCGGAAGUCAGACGAGGUCUGAACCCGCUACACGUUCGAACUCGAUAGAUUGCGAGAAAGAUCUUCCAAAGAUAUCUGUAGUUAAUAGAAUUAACCACGAGGUGGAGACAUCCAGGUCGGACUUGAUAGUGCCAAAUGUAGUAUUGGACAGCAAUAAAAUUGUGUCCAAACACUUAUUGUCGCGACGGCAGUCUUCGCCGUCAUCUUCUGCCAAUGUUAGCGUGAUAAGCAAUGAAAAUAGUAAGGUGUUCGAAUUCGAACAAUUACUAGAAACCAUUCAAUUGUAUCCGAUAUCUCAGAAGGACACUGCCAGUUGUUUCAACAAAUUAAGAAAAAAUGUUUCAUCUGAAGGAAAAAGUAAUGGAUGUACCACUGCCACUAUCAAAUCAGCUGCGCUUUCGUCAGGUGGGUGCGUUUCGUGGCUGCGUCACGAUAUUGCAUCGCCGUCUACGAGCAACGCGACAACUGAUACCGUACCGAGUCCUAACAAUUACAGUUGGGCUCCUGCGUUGUAUCAACAUAAACACAGUCAAAAGAGCGUUUUGGAGGUAACUAUACAACCAUCUUCUAGCGAUAAUACUUCCAACAAAUCUACUACGGAAAAGUCACUAGAAGAAACUCACUCAUCGAGUUCUCCUUGAAUUACAUCCGCUGUACUUAAUAUUACAAUAUUACAAGUGUACUGUGAUUUUUUGUUCAUCUAUACGUUAAUUGUUCUUAUUAGAAGUGAUAAAAAGAAAAGUAAA